UGUACAGAGGUCAUAGUGGACACAGUAAACAGAAUCAAAAUGGCAAGCUUGUUUGAGUAUGAAAGAGAGGCCAUUAGAAUCAAGGCUCGGCGGAUGGAUAUAGAACCGGAAGAAUGCAGGAAGUUCAGUGUUGAUCCUAAUAUUACUUCCUUUGAAGUUCUUCAGAGUAUACUUUGCAGAGCAUUUGAGUUACCUUCAGGGGACAUAAGCAUCAACUAUCUUCAUAGUGACAGGAGAACUGGAAAAGAAGUUUGGACGCCACUACUCUCCGACUGGGACUUAGACACAGCAAUCUUAGGAUCAGCUGAUUAUGGUUUACAGCUGCAGGUGAAACUGUUAGAAACCGGUUCUCUUGGAGAGAUCUCGUCUAUGGAGAAAGGGAUAGUGAGUCCUGUUUUGGAGUAUGGACAGUCUAUAGCUAAGGAGCUGCAGCCUGUUCAGAGAAGCUUACAAGAAGUAGCUGCUAAUGCAAAAGCUGCAGGAGCUGUUCAGGUAUCUGGAUUACAAGGUCUGGUAUCUAAGUCAAGUGUCCAGGCUAGUGGUUUCUUUAAACGACACUAUGAGAACACACUUCCAGGACUUGCUUCUAAGAUGAGAACUGCUCUUAACAUAGAUUUAGAGGAGAGGAAUGAAGAACCGACUGUACCUCCAGUAACAGAUGCACACUUCAGAACAUUCUUAAAUAAGGUUGGACAGAUGGUGUCUCCUCGAGAAUUCCGUCUCGCAGUGUACAGAGGGGGCCUAGAACCAAGCCUCAGGAAGAUAGGUUGGAAGCAUCUACUAAACGUAUAUCCUGCCGGGAUGACGGGUGGAGAACGUAUCAGACAUCUCCGUGAACUGUCUGCUGGAUAUUCCCAGCUCAAAUCAGACUGGAUGGACUUGGUUCUUCAGGGUCGAAUCACUGACGAUGUAAAGACCGUGAUCAACAUGGUCCGGAAGGAUGUUCUUCGGACGGAUCGUCAGCACCCCUUCUAUGCUGGGGAGGGUAAUCAUAAUGUGACGUCGUUGUUUAAUAUUCUCACAACAUACGCUCUUAAUCAUCCUAGUGUCAGCUAUUGUCAGGGGAUGUCGGACCUAGCGUCUCCUAUCCUUGUAAUAAUGGUUGAGGAAUCCCAUGCUUAUAUUUGCUUUACUGCACUCAUGAACAGGUUGGAGGAUACUAUUUGUUUUAUGUACCUAUUAUACCAUUAGUUUUAUAUACCUUAUUACGCCAGA